ACCCAUCAUCCAAAUCCUUUCUUCUUCUUCUUCUUCUUUAUUCAGUUCGCUCGAUCUGAAGCAUUCGAUUAAUUACUAAAACCACAAUCCCAAGAUCUAAUUUUUAAUCGAUUUAAAGAAUUAAUUCCCAAUACAAUGAUUCUUCCUGCGAGAAGCGCCCAAGAAAAUUACUACUUGAAUAGCCUGGAGCACCGCCACAGUCUCCCCAAGAACAGCAGCUACGGCGCGGCGGCGGCGGCAGCCAAUACGAAGGUGGUUUCCAAGAAUGUUCCGCCGGCGGCUCACCAGAGGAAGAUCGGGAAGAGGAUGGUGCUCUUCUCCCAGCUGAGCUACUUCGGCCCGGAGUCUCUGUUCCUGCUGCUCUGCCUCACGGCGUCGCUGCUGCUUCUGCCGCUGGUGCUGCCGCCGCUGCCGCCGCCGCCGCUGAUGCUCCUGUUCGUCCCGAUCUGCAUUCUCGCCGUUCUAAUGGUUCUGGCUUUCAUGCCCUGUAAUGUCCGGGACCUGAGGUACCCACGCGUGUAAAUUCCUGAUCGAAGACAGAUCAAAAUCCAAAAUUACCAAUUUAGCUUUUGAUGUACCUGAUGAGUUUCUUUAAAUUCAAACACACAAAAAAAAAAGAAAAGAAAGAAAUCCAUGAUCGAUCAUCUUCUCCAAGAUAUAUUAUAGUGUGUAUUUCUCUGGGUAAUCUUUGGACCAGACCAAUUUUGAAGUCGUGUUUCUUGUGUGAAUGAUAGAAUGAGUCUUUUCCUUCCCAAUUAAGAUUUUGAUAUUUU